AUGACGCAAACUAGCUUUAAUAUCUCUGUGCAUGAUGGAAACAACUUAUCUUUUAAACAAAUUUUCAUCUUUAUAAUAAACCUCAUUGAUGAUAAACCCCAUUUCUUAAACACCGAGACGUCUUUCACAUUAAACGAAGAGUUGAGUCCUGGUCAUGUUGUGGCAAACAUCAGUGCUGUUGUUCCAGAUGAUUCUCUCUACGCCGGCUUCAUCUUUUAUUCGAUCAGCACAAACAACUAUUUGGCCACACAGAAGUAUACAGGCUUAGUCACCAUUGUUACCAGGAUGGACAUGGACUCUUCACCACUAAGGGAAAAUCCCAUCAUAAACGCGAUAGUUACAGCCGGCAUUAGUCCUCCUGGUCUUCUACUAUCCAAUAGCAUCAGCAGGGCCGUGCACAGACCUUUUGAGGGGCAUACAUCCGGGUCCAAACCUCUCAAAAUUUUCUCUCUGCUCAUUAUAAACAAAAACGUGGACUUUGAAGACCCCAAUAACUUCUAUGGAAACAAAGAAUACAGACUUCUUAUAGUGGCUGUGGAUUCAAAUGACACAUCGCUGAGAGGUGGCGCUGUGAUCGGCUCAGUCAUUGCCACAGAUCGGGAUCUGCCUCCAACAAACCUCAUCUACUCCAUAAUCUCUGGUGGAGGAACCGGAACGCUGAGACGUAUUUUCCAUCUGGACCCUUUAACCGGUCAAAUCACCCUCCUGACAAACCCUGAAUAUGAGGACACACAAACACACACGCUGGUCAUCAGAGCGACUGAUUGGGAUCCUGUUAGACCUCAAUCUGCUACCACUACGGUCACUAUCAACAUCACUGAGGCAAAUGAUGAACCUCCUUUAUGUUGGCCCAAUAAGACCAAUCUAGUGGUGACCCCUGAUCUUCAGGUUGGAUCAAACGUUCAGGGUUUUAUCCUUUACUGCACAGACAAAGAUUCCCCUCCUACUUCAUUCAUCUACAUAAUCUCAGGUUCCACCAAUGUAAACAAUCAUUUCGGCUUCUCCCCGAGUGCCGGAUCCAACACGACACGUUUGAUUCUGAGGGAGCCGUUCGAUUACGGUAGUGGACUGGACAGACUGUGGAGAUACAGUUUAACCGUACUCAUCUCUGAUGCUAACAUCAGAACCGAUGCCGGAGCUUCGACCCAGACCGGCACCAUUGUUAUUAACAUCCACGUGAUGGAUCCUGAUCUCACUACCACCAUCACCACAACCACACCAAGAAUCACAUACAUCAGAGUAGACCUGAACACAUUUGAUGUUGAAGACUGGUACGUGUGGUUCAUUAUCACUUUGUGUGCGCUCCUCAUGCUCGGCAUUCUGGGAUACAUGCUGUACAGAUGCUGUGAAUACAUCUCCAACACUGAGUUUAGAUGCUGCGAGUCCAAACUCAUCGGCGAUGAAGAGCAACUCUUUCAAGAUGAAGCUUCACCAAAGAAGGAAAUAUUACUGGAAGUGACUCAGAUCAACCCUGUGUUUGAUGGAGAGGACGUUGAUCCAGUGACGAAGAGGGUUUAUGAGUACAACAGCAAGUCUGGUGCCCGGCGAUGGAAGGAUGCUGUCAUUGUGUCCGAGCCUCCGCUGUGCCAACCAGAGAGCAGCACAUUGGUCAUCUUUAGGAGACCCAUUGACCAUGAGCCUAAACGGCCAUUUGGGGUGACAGCUGACUCCGACCAAUCACACGGAGGAAUGAUCCGAAAUAACAAUCAUGGCCUGUCAAUCAUAAGCAGAGAUAGAGAUGGUGGCUCAUUCAAAGAUAAACUUCAGUUUCACAAGACUGUGAGAGAUAUGUCAGAGGUUUAAAGUCUCUCUCUAAACAAUUAAUCAAAGACAUUUUCGAAGGUGCACAAAGUAAUGUGUGCGUUAACGGUGGCCGGUUACUUUUUAUUCGUGGGUGCAUUAAACUUGUAUUUAGACCGUCAUGUGUGUGGAUCGUCAUGUCAAAAUACGUGCCUGCUGCAAACGCUUUGAAAGGGUUUAUGAUAAAAGAGAUGAAGCAUCUUCGAUGACUGACUGGAAAUAUAGCCAAUUAGGAAUCUGAUAACAAAAACAACAAUAAAUACUAGAUCAGUAAGGCUGACAUUUGCAUGUAAUUGC